GUGCCCUCUGUGUGGUGGUCCUCUGUUGGCUCUAUGUCUUCCCUGUCUACCGGCUGCCCAACGAGAAGGAGAUCGUGCAAGGAGUGCUGGCGCAGCGCACAGCUUGGAGGAGGAACCAGACGUCAGCCAGGCUCUUCAGGAAACAAAUGGAAGACUGCUGCAACCCCGCCCAUCUCUUUGCAAUGACGAAGGUGAACUCCCCCAUGGGGAAGAGCCUGUGGUAUGACGGGGAGUUUCUAUACUCGCUCACCAUCGACAACUCCACGUACUCCCUCUUCCCCCAGGUGUAACCUUCCUCCCUUGUCAAGUGAAUACACCAGAGAUGUGGGUUCCAAGACUCAGUUGGUGACAGCUAACCCCAGCAUAAUUCGCCAGAGAUUUGAAAACCUGCUGUGGUCCAGAAAGAAGUUUGUGGACAACAUGAAGAUCUAUAACCACAGUUACAUAUACAUGCCUGCCUUUUCUAUGAAGACGGGAACAGAGCCGUCUCUCCGUGUGUACUACACCCUGAAAGACGCUGGAGCCAAUCAAACAGUGCUUUUUGCUAACCCCAACUUUCUUCGAAACAUUGGAAAGUUCUGGAAGGGUAGGGGGAUCCAUGCCAAGCGCCUGUCUACAGGACUCUUUUUGGUGAGUGCAGCCUUGGGCCUUUGUGAGGAGGUGUCCAUCUACGGCUUCUGGCCCUUCUCCGUGAACAUGCAAGGGGAACCUAUCAGCCACCAUUACUAUGACAACGUCUUGCCCUUCUCAGGCUUCCAUGCCAUGCCCGAGGAGUUUCUUCAACUCUGGUAUCUUCAUAAAAUGGGUGCACUGAGGAUGCAACUGGACCCAUGUGAGGAGCCGUCGCCGCCACAGCCCACUUCCUAGGGACUGCAGAAGAGGAAAAGACUGGAUGGGGGUAUUUUUUUGCUAGAUUUUUUUUAUGUGACUUUCAAAAGGAGCUGCCAAAGUGUGUCAUGGAUUGGCGUGAUAGGAAACGAACAAAAACCCAAGCAAAACUGCUUCUGAUGUUGGCUUGGGGACCAAUAAGAAAUCAAGUGUUCCGGGGAGUGUUUUUAUAGAGUGUUGUGGAUUUGCAAGUGGGAAGAUCCCAAGGAGGCGAUGCUGGCAGAACACAUGUGUGUGAGGAAGACCAGAGGAACUGUAGCUGCUGAGGCCGAUGGGUUUCACCAUGGCAGCAUGCGAGAGAUGCUGGGGAUGCGGGAGAUGCUGGGGAUGCAGGAGAUGCUGGGGGUGCAGGAGAUGCUGGGGGUGCGGGAGAUGCUGGGGAUGCGGGAGAUGCUGGGGUAUUGCUGACUGUCAAUAUACACUGGCGUCAUAAACAUUUUAAAGACCUGUCUUAUUGAGACUGACAUUAGAACUAUAGGUUUUAAAAAAAAUAUUAUUGAUUUUUUUUUUUUUGCUCUGUUUAGGGCUGUGGGCAGGUGAUGGUAUAGACUUUCAGAACCCUUCCUGCUGAUUAUUGUGAUUCAUUAAAACAAGUCUAGGAUGACUCUAGUCCCCUCCACUAGUGUGGUUUUUAAAUAAGAAUCGCUUCUUGCCUCCUUUUGGUUAAGUCUUACUUAGCAUGAAGCUCCGUUGAGUUUAGACGGUGUUGAUUCAUUGUCUAGGCCACGAGAGCUGCUCCUUCCUCACAUCAAAAGUUGGGAGAGAAACUCAAUUUUAGGUCCCCAUUACAUCAGCCCAUCAACCCUGUUAUUUUCACAGAGUCAGUGGACAUGCAAUUACAUUGUUUACUUGUAAAGUAGCGAAAGUGUCUUCCUCACAGAGAGUGACAGCUUGGUCUAUAAGAUAGACAGACAAGAAGGCAGGGCCUUUUCCUCUCUAACAUUAAUAUUUCCUUUCAAGAUAACUCAUGUGUGUAUACAUGUAUGUCUGUACAUAGACAUAUAUGUGUAUACAUAUAUUCAUAUAUAUGUAUAUCCUGCAUGAGUUAUCUUAUAUACAUAUAUAUAUAUAUGUAUACACACAUGAAUAGAGACACAUACACUCUGACACUCUCUACAAAGUAAUCCAAGAUCACCGUCAGUACUGAGUGUGCAUGGCCUGGAGUCUGUAACCAGUAUUGGAGAGCCACAGAGACAGAGUAUGAAAUCCCUUCCUUGUUGACAUAGGUCAACCUGGCUUGCAGUUGGUGUCAGUUUGCAUGCCAGCACGGGGUGCAAGGCUUACCUUAAAUACAAUCAGAAUGAGAACUCCUCUCUUACUCGUACUGCCUCCCUCUGUCCCCAAAUUCCAUGAAUGGACCCUGUGUUGAGCAUAGUGACAUGUGACGUCCUAUACAAAUAGCAUUUGAACUGAGGAGACUGGGUGGCCUCACAGGUCGUGCUGAUGUUCGGGAAGCUCGCCGCUGGGCAGAGCUGGCUUAGUGUUUCCAUCUUGCGUGACAGCAUCAGGACAUCCAGAAGGAAGCAUGACCUGUGUUAGUCAUCUCUGGGCCACCCGGACUACAACCCCUGUUUUGAGCUACUGGUAUUUAAUGAUUAUCUAAGAAAGAAUGCAUGCUCACUAGUAAACUUCAUUAAAAGUGUAAAAGGGCUAAGAAAACAGCACAUACCAAGAUUACUUAAAUGUGCAUUCAGAUGAAUGCAAUAUUUGGUCAAGAUCUAAAUAAGAAACUCAUAAACACUCGCGUCACUGAGAAUGCUCUCUGGGAGUUUUGGCUCUCCAUGCUAUCCCUGGAACAGGUCCAGGUAAUAGAUUUGUGUGUCUGUACAAUUUUAAAGCUACUCUCUAUGGCCUUUGAAUUGCAGAACAGAUAUGGCCAACACGUCUGUGCUUUUCACCCAUGCAGACUACACUUCCCCCUCAGGUGCCAGCAGGACCCUGAAGACACUUUAACUUGUUAUGACCAAGAGUGUUGGCCACUUGCAGCAGGGGGUAGCUAUGGAUGGUGGUUCAGUAGUCACAGGUCAGCCACUUGCCACAGAGAAUGACUCAGUGAAGUGUUAGUUGUGUGAAGGUUGACGAACCCUGAGUUAGGCCAAAAGGAAAGUCUGACUGCUCCUGCUGUGUUGUUGAACAGCAUUGCUGUGGCCUUUCACUAUUUUACAGUGGCAAUUCACUGGUGUGUCAUAUGUAACUGUAUGUGUGUCUGGUUAGAUGAUGUAGCUAAGCAAGAGGUAGGGGUGUGUGUGUGUGUGUGUGUGUGUGUGUGUGUGUGUGUGUGAGUGUGUAUGUGUGAGUGUGUGUGUGGGAGGUCUGUUUAGCAUUAAUUUUAGUAAAAUAUGUGUUCCUAAGUAGAAACCUCUCUCCAAAACCAUCCUUUAGAACACACUAGGGUACUAUAUUACUCUUAAGAGACUGGGUAUUAUUCAAUUCUGCUUAUUGAAAUUCUGGUCCAUUAUUUAAUGGAUUUCACUGUUUCAGCUCAGAUGGGAUUUGGGUUAUGAUAGAAAUAUUUAAUAGAAACCAUUUAAUGAAUUUCAUUGCUUCUGUCAAGAGACGAGAUCCCUCCCUACCACUAAUUAGGUCAAUGCUGUGUGUGUGUGUGUGUGUGUGUGUGUGUGUGUGUGUGUGUGUGUGUGUGUGUUUGUACAUAUGUGCGUGUGAGGGAGACAGACAAAAUUAAGAUUGCUUCAUGGAGGAAGAAGAGAGGGCGCAGAGGCUGCGAAUGAAUGCUCAAACAGGAAUUCACAUAUUCAGUCAACUGCAACGUGAGAAUUUGUUGGUUCCCAGGCUCCUGAGUGAGGGUGGCUGCUGUUUGACUUUAAUCACACUUCAGUCAAAUUAACUCAGGUGAGGAGCAAGUCAUCCCACUAGAAAGCUUUCAUGAAAGAGCUUUUCUCAGAAGAUGACUCUUAGAAGCACGCGCUCUCUGUAAAGUGCUUUGCCAAAAGUAUAUAAAAAUAAUUGUGUGCCCUAACCACAUUGUUCCUGUUUAUGACUCUGACAAGGGGUGGGGGGAGCAGAGACUCUCAGUCCUCGAGCGCUGAGUGCCGUUGCAGAGGUCCUGAGUUCAGGUUCUGAUGCACACUUACCCACACACAGCAGCUGCCUUUUAUUCCAGUUCCAGGGCAUCUGGUGUCCUCUUCUUAUCUCCAUGGACACGGAGUGCAAGCGGCAACAUAUACACAAUAAAUAAAUAAAUCUUAAUAAAGGUAGAGAAUUAAUUAUCUAAAAUGGCAGAUGUUCAGGUAAUGAAUAUCCUUUGUGCUUCUUUGCUGGGAAGCCAGACAUCUAUAGUUUUAUUUAUUUUUUUUUUAUGUUUAAAAAUACCAAGUUUGUGGAUUUUUCCACUGGCAAAUCCUUGUGAGGAAGGAUCUAAUGAGAAAAUCAGUCACAAGUCCACUGAAUGGUUUUUUACCUUAUGAAGUACACUGCUGUGUUAUAGGUGCUUCCCCACCAGAACCAGGUAAGAUCAAAAGUCCAGAGAUCACGGGAAAGGGCAAGUCUGGAGGAACAAAGCCUGAGGAUGCUGUUGUGUGUCUUUCCCACCCAGAGUGGUCAGAAGUCCGCCCUCGGAUACUGUGUGAACUCCAGGCAGCCCGUAUCAGGGGAGGAAGCAAGUUAACAAUGUUACAGCACCUGCAUCCCAGGUUGCUGGGUCUUGUGAGGUCAGCGGUAAAUGCCCUUAGAACUUUUGGAAACUUAAUUCUGUUGUGUGCUCAGGAGAGGAAGAGGCAAGGUAAAAACAGAGGUGACCAUAGUACCCAAGCUCUCAGCAUCCAAGGGGUCAGAAGGCUCUAUUCCUUUGUUCUUGCCAGCCCAUGACCACCUAUCCUUAUCCAACAUGGGAGCUGGCUUUCGUGGAGAGUUGAGCUCACAGCCUCCACUACCGCCUAUCUCUGUUCUCUGUCCUAUCACAGUAGUGGGAUUCCACUGAGGGACGAGUUAGCAGCCUUGUGACUACAGGGGUUUCAGCACGAAAAGAAUGCUGAGAAUUUAAAAUUUUGAAUCACCAAACAUACUGUGCUUUGAUUUUGCCUAAGCUUGCACUUGCUAAUUUGUGUGCCCUGCGGCAGAGUCUGGUCACCUUGACACAGUUGUGGCCCUGCAUGUGAUCAUGAGGAACAGAGUUCUUUUCUCUGUGUACAUGGAUGGACUUUCUGAGUCCCUGAAUCUAUGGAGAAAAUACCCUGUAGUUUCUGUGCUGUGUCUUUGAAAGCGUGGAGUUCUGAAGUCCAGAAUAUGUCUACAAAUUCCUAAAUGUGAGGCCACAGAUUUAGUCUAAGCCCUAUAUAACUCCUGUCGUGUAAGUGGGAGAGUCUUAUAUCUGUAGACAUCACACACACACACAGACACAGAGAGACACACACAGACACACAUACAUACACGGACACACAGACACGCAUAUACACACACAUAGACACACACAGACACAUACAUAAACACAGACACCCACAGAGACACUCAGAUACACAGACACAGACACAGGCACACACAUAGACACAGACACACACAUGCGUGAAUAGUAAUAGUAACUAGCAUCUGCCUUAUUCUCAGCCUUAACAUGUCAUUUGACAUUUUCACACACAUAUCCCAGAGAUAAAUGAUUGUCGCGUGCACACGGAUGGAAAGGUUAUUCCAACUAUCUAAGCUCGCUCAUUACAACAAGGGUGGGAUACGCUUCUGCUUCCUUGUUUGGGUUCUCUCUGUUGCUAGCGUUUGUAGUUUCUUCUGCCUUUAGCACAGAAGAAGGAAUAACACAGAGAAGUGUUAUAAUGGCAUGAGCAUUUGAAUAACAGCCAAAGCCCUUGACUCUCACUUGUGAGAGCACAAAAGAGGAAUUACACUUUAUGGUCUCUCGUUUAUCUUGACUGUCAGUCUCUCUGUUCCUGGUUUUGCUUUUUAGUUGAAGCUGUUGUGACUCAGUCAAUGACAAAGUUGACCAAGAGUUUAUGGCGUUAUAUCCAAACCCAUUGAUCCUGCUUCUUCCGGCCUCUGAGUUAUUAAAGCUGCUCUGGGUAUCCGUUGCUUUCAAAUGUGUGUUUCUCAUGUAAUGACAAGAAACACCAAGAGACGUUGACUUAGUCUGACGCGGAGAAGACUGGAUUCAGAGAAUUCUGGAUUUCUCUGUCUGGUAAAACAAACAAAAACAAACAAAAUGCAAUAGAGAAAAGAUUCAACCAAAAUGAAAACUAAGAGAAAAUAGUGACUGCCCCCAACUCAAUGGAAAGGACCUAUUGGGAGGGGUCUCAGAAGACAGCCAGGCAGACAGAGGAGAUGUGUGGCCUUGUGGUCACUGGGGUUAGGACGAGAGAUGAGAGAGGAAGCUUGGGUGUGGACUUGGGUACAGUAGGGAGAAGACUCAGAGGUGGCACCCAUCUUCCCAUCUUAGCAGUCUUGGAGACCCCCAGGUUCCUGUCUUCUCCAGGCAGUGCCCUCCUAGGUACCUGAGCUUGGUGACAUGAACCUCUACAUAUCCCUCUGUCACCUGCCUUUUGAGUCAUACUCUCAAGGUGAGUUAUAAUUUAGCUCUCCUAUCAGAAUGGUGGGAAAUACCACCUUAAUGUUGACCACUGGAUGUGGUUACCGUAUGAUGUGCACAGCAAGAGUUGGUGUCAACUUCCUGUCCCCAUGAUUCCCAAGAGUGACCAUGGCAACUUAGAUUCAUUAUCCUUCAUGUUUUAGUUCUAUCGAAAUCUCUCUCUCUCUCUCUCUCUCUCUCUCUCUCUCUCUCUCUCUCUCUCUCCCCUUCCCCUUCCCCCUCUACCCCUCCCCCUUCCUCCUUCCCUUCUCCCCCUAACCCCCUCCUCCUCUUCCCUUCUUGUGUUGUUUUUUGCCCACGGAAUAUAGAAAAGUAACUGACUUGGUAGUGGGGAGUGGCAGAGGGUGCCUUAACUUUUCCUGGCUCGGCUCCCCACUUACACAGUUCCUUCAUAGCGUUUGUUGCUUCGUAGGUGUCUCCAUGUCUGCCCAACCCGUACCUUAAUCAUCAGCCAGGACCCUUUACAUGUAGCAAACUAUUUUAUAGACCUUUACAGUAGUGUGUAGGCCUUGGAGAAGUCUGAUGAUGGUGUGUAACACCCUUUGCUGCACUGAGGAACAUUUUUCUAAGGUCUUUUAGGUGAAAACUGCGAAAAUAUUCCUAGAGUUAAGAACGAUUUUCUGGAAAAUUCCAGUGUCCUUGGAAGCAAGGAAGCAAGGAAGCAAGGAAGCAAGGGACCAAUCUAUCGCUGUUUUUCAUUCUGUCUUCAGCACCGACGGACCCUCUCUCCACAGUGAGGAUGACUGAUAGCUACCAGAGUGCCCCAGAGGUCGUCCACACGAGGGGGAAGAAAGGACACACAUCACAAUAUGUUAAAGCCUGCUUCAUCUUUAACAAAUUCUAUGAUGCUACUAGACUUAUAGUUACCACGCGGCACAGUUUGAUCUGCAAAAAUAUCGGGGAAAUGUUUUUACCUUUGGCCUCUUUCCUUGUGUAUUGUAGACUCCAAUUCCACACAAAUGCAAGCUGUUUUAUCAGUGUGAAUUUUCAGAGGCUGGAUAAGAGUAAAGUUAGGAAAUUUAAAUAUUCUUUCUCAUGUAGUACAGUCUACUGAUCCGGGUAUAUAAUAAUUCUGGGAGAGAAUUUUUUUUAGAUCAGACUGUGAAAUUGAAAUCACCUUUGAUGUGUUUUCAGUGGCUUCUUCCUAUUAGAGCCAAAUUUGAUGGACAGGAGGUGUGGGCUAACCCAAUGCUGUUCAUUUCUCUCUCCCUUUCUUUCUUUCUUUUUUAAAAAAGAAUUUCAUAUAAAAUGUAGCAGGUAAGAAAAAAAGGUUUAAUCGGUACUCUUCAUGGUGUGACUUGAAAAAAAUUGGUGCCUAUCUGUUGGCUGAGACAGUGAUAUGCCCAGGGGAGGUCACUGGGAAAAUGUCUUUUCUUUAGUGUGUUCAUGAGUGGUGUGGCAGUGAGGAGAUUUAACUAAGUCUCAGUUUCUCUACCUCCCUUCCUUGCAGAAUAUUUGGAAAUGUACCCUGUGAAUAAAAUAGCUUUUUUUUUUCAA